AUGCCUCUCCGGCCACUGGCGCGGUCCGUCAACCUCCGCCAAUCUCUGAUCGGCCAUUUCGAUUACCUUACAUUCAAGCAUCCUCAAAUCAAGGUCUCUCUGAAGAGCAGAUCCGGACAAAGAUGUCUUGCAACAUAUGUUGAACACUCAACUGCCGCGACCAAGUCGGAUAGCAAACAGGAGCGCGUUGUUAUCCUUGGCUCCGGCUGGGGUGGGUAUACCAUCUCUCGCCGCUUGUCGCCCAAGUCCUUCUCGCCAAUAAUCAUCUCUCCACGCUCAUACUUUGUCUUCACCCCCCUCCUGACCGACACAGCCAGUGGCUCGUUGGAUUUCUCCAAUAUUGUCGAGCCAGUCCGCGAUCCACGCGCCAAAGUCGACUUCAUCCAGGCCGCUGCACAAGCCAUUGACUUGAAGAAGAAGACUAUCCUGUGCGAGGCCACUGUAGUCAGAAGCGGCGUGACAGAGUCACCGCGCACCUCGGAGGAUGACAGACAAGUCGAUGAAGGUCCCGAAGCAUCUUUCAAGCAGCCAAUCAAGGAUCUGCGCCACUGGGAACAAGGCGAGACAUUCGAGGUCCCAUACGACAAAUUGGUCAUCGCUGUCGGUACCGUCAGUCAGACCUUUGGCACUCCCGGUGUUCGCGAAAAUGCUAUGUUCUUUAAAGACAUAGGCGACGCCAAGCGGGUGAAGCGGCGCUUGCGCGAGUGCUUCGAGUUGGCGGUUCUUCCGACGACGACACCCGAGAUGCGCAAGUGGCUCCUUCAUUUUGCAAUUGUCGGUGCAGGCCCCACAGGCACUGAACUUGCUGCGUCCUUGCGUGAUUUCAUCUACAAGGACUUGAUGACGUUGUAUCCAGCUCUGAACGGCAUUCCCAAGAUCAGUCUUUACGAUGUUGCGCCCAAAGUACUGUCAAUGUUUGACGAGUCUCUGUCCCGCUAUGCAAUGGACACGAUGAGGAGCGAAGGCAUCGACAUCAAAACCUCUCACCAUGUCAAAAGCUUGCGCUGGGGUCCACCUGGUGCACCAGCACCCCAUGAGAUGGACCCCAAGCGCUGCUUGACUUUGACAACUGAAGAGGAGGGCGAAGUUGGCGUCGGCAUGUGUGUCUGGGCGACGGGAAAUGCGAUGACCAAGUUUGUCAGCCAGUCACUAAGUGCAGUGAAAGAUUUCCCAAACAACUCCGUCUACACCCUUAAGGGCGAAUCAGAUCCCGCUGCACCCGCUGGACAGACUUCUUGGGAAUAUAAGAAGGUCCCCAAAACAGGUGCUCUGCUCGUAGAUGGUCAUCUACGGGUGCAACUUCAAAACGAUGCCGGACAGACUGCAGUUCUCAGCGAUGUCUUUGCUCUGGGCGACAAUGCCAUGCUGGAGACUGGGGCUCCUCCUGCCACAGCACAAGCGACCUUCCAGGAAGCAAAGUGGCUCGCGGAUCAUCUGAACAAGCGGGACCUAGCACAAACACCUCCCUUUUCGUUCCGCAACAUGGGGACUUUGGCCUACAUUGGAAGCGAGAAGGCCCUGAUGCAAAUCCCUCACGAUAUGCAUGAUCCAAGCAAGCGCAGUAAAUAUCUUCCUGGAGGACUAACAGGCCGCAUGGCACGGGUCGUCUGGAACGCAGCGUACAUUACCAUGUCCAUCAGCUGGCGCAACAAGCUGCGGGUGGCGUUCCGGUGGACAUUGAACAGAUUAUUUGGGAGGGACGUGUCGCGCUUUUGA